UAUGAAUUUAAGUUUUUCUUAAAAAUCUGAUUCUAUGUCAAUUACAUUAAAAAAAGGUUUGCUAUUUGAAAUUAUAUAAAGUACUUGAUGAAUUCACACAAUUAAAUGAAACAACAAAAGAACAUUAUGCUGUAAUUUUAAUAAAGGUGAUGAUUAAUUUGAUCACCAAUAGUAAAGGUAUAUUGAUGUUUUAAUGAAGAAAUGACUAUGUAAGGUCUAACACAUGAAAUUAAGACAGCAGGAGAAUAUUUAAUUAAUAAUGCACAAGCUGGUCAUGGCAGAUCAGAAUUAGUAUUAAGAUCAACUUAGACCAUUUAUUAACAUUAUAUUAGUAAAGGUUUGUAACACUCAAAAGCUGAUAGCAUGGAAGCAUUAAAAUAUUCACUUUUGGAAAUUUCAUAAGAACUAAUAGACAUUAUAAUUCGUUCUAAAGAUAACAUUAAGACUUAAUGCUUGAAAUUCUUUAAUAAUAGAUUUGUAAAUUAGAAUUUUUAUUUUAGAAAGUUUUGGUAGUUGGAUAUUCAAAUGUUGUAAUCUAUUCUUUGAUAGAAGCAUUUAAGGCUGGAAUAGUAAUGGAAAUAUAUAUUCCAGAAGGCAGACCAAAAUCAGAGGGAAUAGAAACAUAUAGAUAAUUGACAGAAAUUGGAUAUCCUUGUAAAUUAAUAUUUGAUUCUGCCAUUGGAUAAGUAAUGGAAAAUAUAGAUAUGGUUUUGACAGGAGCAGAGGCUGUUGUUGAAAAUGGAGGUAUAAUAAAUAGAGUUGGAACUUAUACUACUGCAAUUUGUGCUAAAUUUUAGAAGAAACCAUUUUAUGUUUUAGCUGAAAGUUUUAAAUUUACACGUUUAUUCCCUUUAUCAUAAAAAGAUUUAAGUGAUUCAAUUAGAUAUAGCUAAGAAGAACCAUGCUUUUCAGAAAAAUUGUAAUUGCCUGAAAAUAUGGAUGUAAUUUAAUAUAUAUAAUGAAUAUUAGUUUAUUAAUCCUUUGUGUGAUUAUACUCCUCCAGAUUUGAUAACAUUAUUAUUUACAGAUGUAGGAGUUUUUACACCAUCUGCUGUUUCUGAAGAAUUAAUAUUAAUAUUUAAUACCUGAG